GUCAUUUCCGGUAGGUCUGGCAUCGCUUAGAGAGAAGAUGGCGGCACUGGGGGAACCUGUACGGCUGGAGCGGGAUAUUUGUAGAGCAAUUGAAUUGUUGGAAAAACUACAAAGGAGUGGAGAGGUACCACCACAGAAACUUCAGGCCUUACAAAGAGUUCUUCAGAGUGAGUUCUGCAAUGCUGUGAGAGAAGUUUAUGAACAUGUCUAUGAGACUGUGGAUAUCAGUAGCAGUCCUGAAGUGAGAGCCAAUGCGACUGCAAAGGCUACAGUUGCUGCUUUUGCUGCCAGUGAAGGACAUUCUCAUCCUCGCGUAGUUGAGCUCCCCAAAACAGAAGAGGGCCUGGGAUUCAAUAUUAUGGGAGGCAAAGAACAAAAUUCUCCUAUCUAUAUAUCUCGAAUAAUUCCUGGUGGAAUUGCCGACAGACAUGGGGGCCUGAAACGAGGAGAUCAACUCCUUUCUGUCAAUGGAGUGAGUGUCGAAGGAGAACAUCAUGAAAAAGCUGUAGAACUGCUGAAAGCAGCCCAAGGAAAGGUUAAACUAGUGGUGCGGUAUACACCCAAAGUCUUAGAGGAAAUGGAAUCACGCUUCGAAAAAAUGAGAUCAGCCAAACGCAGGCAACAGACCUAAUCAGUUGAAAACUUUAUAUUCCAUUUUGCUCCUUAGCUACAGAAGUUUUGCUUGUGACCUACUGAUGGCUGCAAUGCCAGUUAUUGUAAAACAAAACAAAAAAUUUCCCGUGAAAUCCUUGCCAUUUUAUAAAUGCCUAUUUUAACAUCAUUAUGGUUGCAGAGAUGCAUACACUUUUCUGACAAGAAAAAAGUAAAAGGUAUAAGGGCAGUUCUGCCCUGCUGUUUUUACAGGCCUUUUUCAAAUGCAGAUUUUAUCAUAAAAUUGUUAUAGAUUUUUAAGACUGCUUUUUAAAUAUUAAAAUGUACUUUUACAUUCUUAAUCUUUUUUUAGGAAAAAGGUUUUCUUCUUUUGGCUACUUAUUUAAAAAUAACAGUUCUCUGAUUUUUUUGUUGUUGUUGUUUUCUUUUGCUUACCCUAUUUUUUUUAAUCUGUGACGUUUCUUUACAGUUGUCCAAGAAAUAAAACAUAACACUCUCACCUUCGGCAGAUCAUUUUACUGUCAUUGUUAACAUCUCUGCUGCAUUUUGUACUUUGGACACAUGCAUUAUAUGUAUAUACAUAUAUAUGUAUAUAUAUGUAUGUGUAUAUAACCAGUAGUAAAUCUGAAAUGCAACAUAUUGGAAGUUUUUUACUUUUAUUUAAGCAUAAUAUAUAAUGAAUGUUCAUUUAUACUGAUUUAUACAAGUGAGCUUUUAAACACUGAAACAAUCAUUGCUAAAAUGUAUAUUCUUUCAUAAGAUUUAAGCAGUGAGACAAGAGGGUGUAGUAGGAUUAUUAGCAUUACUGAAUAUCCUUUUCUCUUGCUAUUAAACAAUAUGUCAAAAGUUACAAGUGGAAGACAGGUGUAGAUUUCAUCCUCUGGAAAUUUUUUACUGCCACUCAUUUCCAUUUAAAUGUGUUUUUCAUAAUUUGUUCCUUCAUGCCUAGGGGAUGAGCCAGUUAGUUGGUGGGCAGAACUGGAAGAAAAUGUCAACUCUCACUUCCUCCUAGGAGCUGUACAGUCUUGCUAGUUCAGCUGAAAGAACUGAUUUUAAAUAGGAAGAAGAGAAAAGGAUAUAUGUGUAUUUAUAAAUAUACAUAUAUAUGAUGCAUAGGAAUUAUGGGGAGAUUUCAUAAGAAUCUGUCAAAAUGAGUAGGAUCUCUGUAUUAAAUUAAUUGGAUUUAGAUUGUAUCUUUGUUUACAAUUUAAGGAAUACACUUCAUGUCAUUUGUCCACUGGAUGUCACUAUCUUACUACAAGGCAGCUAUUAGUAUAUGACUGUGACAGAUCUUUAGAGCUGCAGUUUAUAGAGUUGAAAUUUAUUUACAGUCACAACUUACAGAAACGUUUAUACUUUU